GGAAAGGGGCUGGCAGUGUGGUUGAACUCGCUGGGAAAUGUAACCCAAGCUGAAAUUCAACACGGUGGGGGGUGUGUUAGUCGUAGUUUGAAAUUUCCUUCCAGUCGUUCAGUCGGGUUAAUGGUUUGGCCCGAAGGAGUCUGAACGUGAAAGAAAAACUAGACAUCGUGUUUGGAUUACAAUUGAGAGCAAAAGCACGAAUUAUUAAUUGGUUUCUUCAUUCAUUUUGGAAGAAAAUGAGGGAAACUAUGCCCCAGACUGUGAUCUUUACCAGCAUGCUUGGUUCUGGAUGCAGCGGGCAGGUUCAGGUCGAUAUGGCGGAGAGGAGUGCAGACCCCAUUUUUCAAGACGGCCGCCUGAUUUCAGGGUCCCUGGAGGCACUGAUUGAGCGCCUCGUCCCCACCGUGGAGUACUAUCCUGAUCGAACCUUCAUCUUCACCUUGCUGCUGAGCUCGCGAGCGUUCAUUCCCCCUGCGGAGCUGCUGGCACGGGUAGGGAGGCUCUGUCUGAAGAGGAAACAGCAGCUGGAGACGGGAGCCGAGGCAGACAAGGUGAACAUGAAACCCUUCUCUGCCAAAAUCAUCCAGCUCCUCCGGGAAUGGACAGAGACGUUCCCGUAUGACUUUCAGGAUGAAAGGGCGAGAAAGGAGCUGAAGGAAAUCGCAUGGAGGAUAACCCAGUGUGACGAGGAGAACUCCACCAUUAAGAAGACCCUCAGUCACGUGACAGAGAGCUUGGACAAGGCCCUGCUCAGCCGUGGUCAGCAGAAUGAGAUCCAGGAGAAGGUGCUGCCCUGCCUGCUGGAGAAAGGGAGUCUGCUGAAGAGCAAGGCCCAGGCCUCCCAGAAAGAUAUCCUCAGUGUGUGUGGAGACGCCUCAGUGCUGGCGCAGCAGCUCACUCACGUGGAGCUGGAAAGGAUAAAAAAUAUUUACCCUGAGGAUCUGAUGCAGCUUGUCAGUCACACUGAGAGUUUAGACAAUCAUAAGUGUUGUGGUGAUAUCAAGAAGACUCAAAACCUGGAAGCCUAUGACAACUGGUUUAACCGGCUGAGCACUCUGGUAGCUACAGAAAUAUGCAGGGUUGGCAGGAAGAAGCAGCGCACUCGGUUGGUGGAGUUUUUCAUCGACGUGGCCAGAGAAUGCUUCAACAUCGGCAACUUCAACUGCAUGAUGGCCAUCAUCUCUGGGAUGAAUCUGAGUCCAGUUGCCCGGUUAAAGAAAACUUGGUCCAAAGUUAAAACUGCAAAGUUUGAUGUUUUAGAGCACCACAUGGACCCUUCAAGCAAUUUCUGCAAUUACCGCACAGCCCUGCAGGGGGCAGCACAGCGUGCACAGACAGCACGGAGCAGCAGGGAAAAGAUUGUCAUUCCGGUCUUCAACCUGUUCAUCAAAGACAUCUACUUCCUGAACAAGAUUCAUUCUGACAGGCUUCCCAACGGGCAGAUUAACUUCAAGAAAUUUCUGGAUAUCUCUCGGCAAAUCAAUGACUUCAUGACGUGGAAAGCUGUGGAGUGCCCAUUUGAGAAAGAGAAGCGAGUCCAGAAUUACCUCCUCACCGCACCAGUCUACACAGAAGAAGCUCUCUACGUGGCCUCUUUUGAAAGUGAGGGACCAGACAAUCACAUGGAGAAGGAUAGCUGGAAAACACUCAGAGCAACGUUAAACAGGGCGUGAAUCUGGGGAGAGGAACUCAGUGGACAGGUUUUCAUGGAACUGUUUUUUAAAAAGGGAAAAGACCUUAAAUCUCACUGGUUGGGAUCUCUUUGUAUAUUUCUUUUGAAAUCUGUAUAUACUGGUGCUUGGACUGGAGAUUGCACUCACUAGAAAAUUAAGGAUUACUUUUUUAAGGGAUAAAUAUAAGGGGCAGGGCCCUUUUAUGAAGCGAAGCAUCCAGGAGUUUUGUAUCUGAGGGGACGUUGCACUUGAAUUUGACAGGGUGGCGGUUGUCAUGGAAACGAGAACGACUGCCCACACGGAAUCCAGCUAACCUGUCUUGGAAGGAGAGAGCGGACAUUUAAAUAUUUUUGUUGUGAUAUAUAAUAUGCAGUUGUAAUCAAACGUUUACAUAACCCAAUGGAAAUUUAUAAUUUAUAGAAAUUUCUCAAACAAAUAAUUAUAGGAAAAAUCUUUUGUAAGCAAUUUUUUGGAAAAACUCCAAAAAUGCUAAUUCAAAAGUAUUCAUACCCUGACAAGGAAAAUGAAAUUAAUAGGUAUCCAUUUUACCAUGUAUUGAAACUAAAUUUCCUGUGCCAUUAGAGGAAAAACAACCUCAUAGAAGGAUAUUACCACCUCCGUGCUUGACAGUAGGUAUGGUGUUCUUUUCUUCGUACGCCUCACCAGACUUUCUACAAACAUAACGACUAUCAGCAUGACCAUAUAGCUCGUUUUUUGUUUCAUCACUCCACAAACCUUUGACCAGAACUCAUAUUCAUCAUUCAAAUGCAGUUUUGCAAACUUUAAGUGAUUGUCCUUGUGACAUUUUCCUAAGAGUGUCUUUUUCUUUGGCCUGUGACCAACCAUUGAGACCUUUGGAUGAAAUGGAAACUCCCGUCCCACUUGCAGCCGGUUCACUUUGAAUAUACUAGCAGUCAUUCUCGGAUUGUUAUUAACCUUCCUCACAAUUAUUGUACUUGUUCUUGGUGAAAGAACCUUCUUUCUUCCAAUAGGAACAAUAGUUGAAAUUGAGAUACUCAAAUACUUGGAAAUCUUCUUGUAUCCUUCUCCAGCUUUAUGACAAUAAUUAAUUUUCUGCCUAAGGUCUUCAGAUAGCUCUUUACUUUUUCCCCAUAUUGACUUAUUGGUAAUGACAGCAAUCAUCCUAUGCCUAACCCUUUUAUACUCUCUAAGAAUGUUCACCUACAAUCCAGCAUUUUCUAGACUUUUCUAGAAUUAGGUUCUGCAUUAUCAUAUUGAAAUUUCUAGCACUUUGUAGACAAUACUAUCAUAGCAUCAAAGGGUAUGAAUACUUUUGAAUUAGCAUUUUGAGUUUUGCUUUUGAAUACUUUGAAACUUUUGACUACUGUACUACAACUGUAUGUAUGUAUGUAUGUAUGUAUGUGUGUGUGUGUGUGUGUGUGUGUAUAUAAUAUAUAUAUAUAUAAUGUGUGUGUAUAUUUAUAUAUAUUAAAAUAUAUGUGUGUGUAAAGCUAUCGCUAUCAUUCCAUACUUAACGGAAACGGGUAACCUGUUUUGUUAAACAUUCCAAUUGCAUUUUCUUUGGUUUUCUCAAGUUAAGUAAACGGCUGUCAUUUUUAAGGGUAUGUUUGUUUACAAAACAAACUCCUAAUAGAAUAUUUUUAAAUGACUCAGAUUCAAUCUUAUGUGAGAGUGACUGCUGCCCCCAGGCAGUGUCAGUCUACUGAAGCCUUACCAGACCCUUCUUUGUCAUCUCAAAUAGACUUUUUUUUUAGCAGCUUUCCAUUGAUUCUUGGUACUCAGGAACAGCUUUGUUUUUAUACUGUAUAUGUAUUCUUGCCAUUGGUUUGUGUGCAUUUAAAUCUGAACCACCUACACUACAGACUGCAUGCUUCCAUAGGCCUGACCUUGCCUCCUGUGACCACAUGCAUGGAAACAUCUCUCAGAGUAUAGAUAUUCUGAACCCUCAAACAUCUCAGAGUAUAGAUAUUCUGAACCCUCAAACAUCUCAGAGUAUAGAUAUUCUGAACCCUCAAACUGUCCGGUUCUAACUGUGUUUCAAAUAGGUCAGACUACAACUCCAGGUCAGUCAGUUUUACAGAUUUAUUGAAACCUGUACGUUUAAAUGUACCUGAUUUAACAUAUUCUUCUCUAAUAAAGGGACUAACUGCAACAAAGCUGCAAUUCACUUUACUGUUUCUAUUUUUCCUAUGCUAGACUAUGCUGGUGUUCAUGGAGCUGAACGGUUACAUUUCCUUGUUUUCCUGUUGAGCACAGAAUAUUGCUUAUAGAAUCUGCAUGUAAACCAUAAAACAGGUUGCUCUAUUCUUCUGACUAAAUGUACUUGCGACAAUAAACAAUUGCAUCCACCAAAUUGA